AGCAGAACAAGCUGAAAAAACAAGCAACAAAAUAUUAGCACCAUAAAGUUGACAUGUUAGCAAACAUGUUAGCCUAUUUACAAAGAGCAACAAGGUCAAGGUGUUCCUUUUUACUCUGGUCUCUACCAACUCCUGAAAAAACUUCCUGGCUCUGUGGGUUUGGUACUGAAUGCUUCAAUGUGCUAACUUUGUCUGCGCUUUGGUAAGCAGGUAGUUUACUGGGGGUAUGUCAGAGCUUUCUUGCAGAAAACAGCUGCCUACUGCUGCUGCAGGUUGAUUAAAGUUGAGUUUGAAGGCCUGAAAACCACACACCUCUGGGGUUGUAGUUUAUCUUCCAGCCAGCAGGCGGAGACGUUCAUCUUUAAUGAACAAGCUGGCGACAUAAUCAAAAUGGCGAUGCCUGGACCAGGAAGAUCAGCCAGUGGAGUUCUAUCAUCUGUAACUUUCCAGCUGCUGCUGAACCUGACAACGGCCUACUUCGUCUUUUAUUUUCUGUUCACUCUUGGCUUGAUCAUUAGAAAGAGCUUGGUCCUGUCAUAUCCUGUUGAUGCUCUGGUCUGUGAUGUCAGUCUGCUGUUCCUCCUGGCUGCUCUGGAGUUCCUCCAUUUCUUCUUUGGAGUGAAGGGCAACCUGACGGAGUGUGCAAACUAUAUUCUGGCCAACCUCAUUGUGUUGGGGGCAACUAUCCUGCUGACGGUCUACUUCCUGGUGUGGCAGACGUAUGUGAUGGGGGCAGACGUAAUCAUCAGCAGUGUCUUACUCAUAGUCUAUGGCUUAGAUGGAGUUCUGGCUUUCAUCACUUUAGCCCGACUGGCCAGUUUCUAUUCAUGAAGAAGAGUUCACUUCAUCAUCACGUUGUAUGGAUGUUGGACUGUUAUUUAUAUAUACAUAUUACUACUAAUUACUAUAAUAUUUAAAAUGAGGGGGAUUUUUGUUAAAGGUUCAUCUGUGCUGCGAGGAUCUGUCAGGGAUCUCACUUUGGUGCCCUCAUAUAUAUAUAUAUAUAUAGAAAUAUAGAUAUAUAUCUCUCUAUAUAUAUAUAUGUGUGUAUGUAUGUGUAUGUAUAUGUAUGUAUGUAUAUAUAUAUAUAUAUAUAUGAUUGAUUAAGAUUUCAAUAGUGACCUCUGAAUUUUCUUUUGUAUAUGUAUUACGUGUCAAAGAUAAAAUCUAUAUUUGUGUGACUAUUUAUA